GAGGAGAGGAGAGAAGCCAGUUUCAAUCGUCCCUCAAGAGAAACUGUCACGAAAAAAGACAUUGGGUCUUCCCAAAUCUUGGCUUUGCAUUGAUGGCGGAUCUCAGGUCAGCAUUUCUCAAUGUGUAUUCCCAGCUCAAAUCGGAGCUCCUUCAGGAUCCUUCUUUCGAGUUUACCGAUGAUUCUCGUCAAUGGGUUGAACGGAUGCUGGACUACAAUGUGCCUGGAGGGAAACUGAAUCGUGGACUCUCUGUGAUUGAUAGCUACCGCCUGUUGAAAGAUGGAAAGGAAUUGACCCAAGAUGAGAUUUUUCUUACAAGUGCGCUCGGUUGGUGUAUUGAAUGGCUUCAGGCAUAUUUUCUUGUUCUUGAUGACAUCAUGGACAGCUCUCACACCCGGCGUGGCCAGCCUUGUUGGUUUAGAUUGCCGAAGGUUGGUAUGAUUGCUGUAAAUGACGGUGUUAUACUUCGCAAUCACAUCACCAGGAUUCUCAAAAAUCACUUUCGUGGGAAACCUUACUAUGUGGAUCUGCUAGAUUUAUUUAAUGAGGUGGAGUUUCAAACAGCUUCAGGACAGAUGAUAGAUCUGAUUACAACACUUGAAGGAGAAAAGGAUCUAUCCAAAUACUCAUUGCAACAGCACCGUCGCAUUGUUCAGUACAAGACUGCCUAUUAUUCAUUUUAUCUUCCUGUUGCGUGUGCACUGGUUAUGUGUGGUGAAAAUCUUGACAACCACAUCGAUGUAAAGAACAUUCUUGUUGACAUGGGAAUCUACUUUCAAGUACAGGAUGACUAUUUGGAUUGCUUUGGCAAUCCUGAGACCAUUGGUAAGAUUGGAACUGAUAUUGAAGAUUUUAAGUGCUCUUGGUUGGUGGUUAAAGCUUUGGAAAUCUGUAAUGAGGAGCAGAAGAAAGUGUUAUAUGACAACUAUGAAACCAGACCUGCCAAUGUUGCUAAAGUGAAGGCUCUAUACAAUGAGCUUAAUCUCAAGGGCGUAUUUGAGGACUACGAAAGCAAGAGCUAUGAGAGGCUCGUAACCUCAAUUGAAGCUCAUCCUAGCAAACCAGUGCAAGCAGUGUUGAAGUCAUUCUUAGGGAAGAUCUACAAGAGGCAGAAAUAGAAUCCAGUUUCCAAAGAUGAAUGUGGCUGGAAAACCUCUCCCACUCUUCUGUUCUAUGCUCAUUUGUUUGUCUUAAUAUUUUAUAAUCAAUCAUCUUCUUGUUUUCUAUUCCGACAAACAUUCGGUUUCAGAUUUAAAUAAAUUUCAUAGAGUUCUGUCUCU